AUGCUUGCCACGUCCACAAUGAUGCUCGAAAGCACCACCACCACUACCACCACCACCACCACAUCAUCAUUAUCAUCAUCAUCAUCAUCAUCGCGCGCUGAUGCAGCACACCCACGCCGUCACUCGUUCUCAUCCUUUGUCCGAAACCUUAUGCUCUUGAUAUCACCAUCCGUCUCCAACGACGACGACGACGACGACGACAGCGACAGCGACAGCGACUCGACAACCACAGUGAGCAAUUAUCACACCUGUGGCUACGAUGCGCAUGCGACAGGCGAAGCAUCCAAGAAAAACAGCCUCUUCUUGGAAAUGUAUUUCUCCUUCCCCGCACUCGAAGAUACUGAUGCCGAGUCGAAUUUGUGCGCUGCAGACGCUCAUCACAUCCACAACAACAACAACAACAACACUAGGAGCACCGGUGCUUCGUUCAUCGUUCCAACCAGCCGAGUGCUUUGUUGA